CACUAAACUGACUUUAGAGUCAAGGGAUUAGUGCACGGGUACGAAAAACGGUCUCCCAGUUUCUGUAAUUACAACCAUGGGCGCAGAGACGGUCGAUGGGGUCCCUGUGAGUGACGCGGAGCAAGAUAAAGCAAUUCCCGACAGAGAAAUUAAACCAAGGGGCAAAUGGGCCAGCAAUACAGAGUUUAUUCUUGCCAUGGCAGGAGAAAUCAUCGGCUUGGGGAAUGUCUGGCGUUUUCCUUAUCUAUGCUUCAAGAAUGGAGGAGGAGUGUUUUUCAUCCCAUACUUCGUGUUCCUGUUUUUCUGUGGCAUCCCUGUCUUCUUUCUGGAGACCGCUCUUGGACAGUACACCAGUGAAGGAGGGGUCACGGCCUGGAGGAAGAUUUGCCCCAUGGCGGAGGGGGUUGGCAUUGCAUCACAAGUAAUUGUGAGCUACUUGAACAUCUACUACAUUGUGGUUUUGGCCUGGGGUAUUUUCUACCUGUUUAACUCCUUCCAAAAUCCGCUGCCAUGGUCCUCAUGUGACAACUGGUGGAAUACUAAGGCGUGCCUCACUAAAGGAAACGAGUCUUUCUUCCACAAUAUCACUUCAGAUUAUCUUGAGGAUUUCAAUUUCACAAGCCUUGAGCCAACAUCACCAGAAUCUGAAUUCUUCAAUAACCGUGUUUUGAGAAUGAAUGACCCUAACAGUGAUGGAAAGAUUCUCUGGGAUCUGGCGUUGUGUCUUCUUGCUGCAUGGAUAAUCUGCUACUUCUGUAUUUUUAAGGGAGUGAAAUCCACAGGCAAGGUUGUAUACUUCACUGCUACAUUCCCCUAUUUGAUGUUGAUCAUCCUUUUCAUCCGCGGAGUUACACUUCCUGGAGCUGGAGAAGGAAUCAAAUAUUAUUUGCUUCCAGACUUCAGGAGACUCAGCGAUGCAUCUGUUUGGAGCGAUGCAGGCACGCAAGUUUUCUUCUCCUAUGCUGUGUGCCAGGGAGUACUGACUGCUCUUGGGAGUUACAACACUUAUAACAACAACUGCUACAGAGACUGUUUGGCACUGUGUUGUCUAAAUAGUGCCACUAGCAUUUUUGCUGGUUUCGUUGUUUUUUCUGUGCUGGGAUUCAUGGCUUAUGAGCUUCAAGUGCCAGUGGAGGAAGUAACUGCUAGUGGAGUUGGUUUGGCUUUCAUGGCUUACCCAAAGGCUCUCUCCAUGCUUCCUGGCUCUUCCUUGUGGGCUGUGUUAUUCUUCUUAAUGAUAAUUUUCCUGGGCUUGGACAGUCAGUUUGUUUGUGUUGAGAGCUUGGCUACUGCCAUCAUAGACCUCUUCCCACAUUAUCUCAGGAGACGUGGAGCCAGGGAGAUCCUUGUGCUGGUUAUUGCUGUGGUCUGUUUUCUGCUUGCUCUACCAUUAGUCUGUGGGAGGGGGAUUGUCUUGUUUGGUCUUAUUGACGCAUAUGGUGCAAGUGGACUCACUCUCCUGUUCAUUGCCAUUUUUGAGUGCAUAGUGAUUGGUUGGGUGUAUGGUGCAGAUCGCUUCUUUCAUAACAUUGAGGACAUGGUAGGAUAUCCACCUAUCCCAGUGUUAAAAUAUUGCUGGAUGUUCAUCACUCCAUUCAUCUGUGGGAUUACACUUCUUUAUAACCUAGGUCAGCAUAAUCGUAUUUUACAAUAUGAAGAGAUGGGUUCUUCAUAUAGAGUAAUUGCUGCACUCCUUAUCCUCACUCCAAUGAUGUGCAUCCCGCUGUAUGUUUUCCGCACUCUGUAUUAUAAUACCAAUGACAUGACCACACCCUCCAGUGACCUACGCCAGGCUCAACCACACAAACCUAUACUGACUCUAUGCAGGCGUGUGAUCUUUCCUGCCCAGGUGAAACCCUACAUAAAUGUGGCUUUGGAAACUAAUGAGAAACUGGCAAUGCAUGAACCAGACGUUUAACAAUGCAAACAUUCACUAGAGAUUCCUUCUACAGUGGUGGUCAAAUGCAUUAGAAAACGUAUCAUUUUAUGUUACUUUGAAUUGGACUAUGAAAUACCCAUAGACCAAUAUUUUACAGUAAACUAGACCAGAAAUGUGCUUCUGGAGCAGCAGUGUGAGAACCCCCUUCAUCAUAUGUUCAAUGGUGCUUUGGCAUGUUUUUCAUGCUGGAUGCCCUUCUUGUUACUACAUUUGAUUGAAGUUGUCAAGUGGGGUUUAGUUGCUGAAAAAAUGUAUCAAAUAUUAAAGAAUGAAAAUUUGUGGAGAUGAGAAUUACGCAUUUAGGUAAUAUGAAUUGUCUGAAGGUAUUUUCUGAUUUUGAAAUCAUGCGUUUUUAUGCUUUUGGCCAUCAGUGUAUCAAAGUGCAGACUUUAUCGAUCAAAAAGCACUAUAAAGUAAUAUCAUGUACUGAAUGUUUAAACCUUUUUAACACAUUUAAAAAGUCAGAUAAUAGAUACUCUAACUGUCUUUGUAUGAAAAGCAUUAUAAUUGUAUCCAGUGCAAUUUACAACUGUUGUAAUGUUAUUUUUCAGUAUAAUUUCUUUCUUUAUCGUAGAUAUCUGACUGACAAUUAAAGUAGCUUCUAAAAUAUAUUGCUAAACUCACUUUUGAUUUACUAAUAAUAUUAGAGCACAAAGUAAUAUUAACAAUACCAGUAUUGAUCGGUACUCUAACCUCAUUUAACUCAUUAUCAUUUUUUCCACUUUCUCUCAAUCUGUUAGUGUAAUUGUAUAGUUUCUACUACAAAUGUAUAUCUUGUAUUCAUUUACAUAACAUUAAUCAAAAAGCUUUCAAAUGUAACCAUAAUAACGUGACAUCACACACUAUAGAUGUGAUUGUUAAACUCACACUUGUGUCGACAUCAUGGCAAACUCACCCAUGUGUGUAAUCCAAAGCGGCACUCAAUUAACAGUCAAAUCCGCCCGAUGACAGGAUGACCCUCAAACCUGACACUUGUCCCCAAUGGCAGCAAAUGUGGACUGUAAAAUAUUUUGUGUUUUUUGUGUUUUGUACUUUUUAUAAUAAAACCAAGUCAUAGGUUGUUU